AAGGAAAGGGGGAAAAGGGGGGGACGGACCUGCUAGAGAAGUCAUCUCAGUGUACAGCAUAGAGCAAUAUUGCAAAAGUCCCUGUUUGUUUUCUUCCAGGUUCUCAUGAUAGGCUUGCCAAGAUGUGACCACAGCAAAUAGCCAGAGGCUGCUUUGGGUUUUUUCCAUCUUCUCGGUGAGAUGGUUACCAAAGAUUCCCCUGGACUAUUAAGAAAAAAGAAAGAACCAAAAAAACCCACAAAGAGCAGAAAGCCCACGCUGUUGGAUACCAUCUGCUCCCCCUGUGCAGCAGUUUAUUCCAUUCCCCCCAGCCCUGGGCAGAUGGUGUCCAUUCCCUCCCAGCCCUCUCGAGGGACAGGGGACCUCAAUGCUCGCCUCGCUCGGGGCUCCCCAGACAUGUUCAACCAGCAGCAGUUCCAGCAGCAGCUGCUGCAGCUCCAACACCUCCUCCAGCAGCAGCAGCAGCAGCACCAUCACCACCCUCCGGCGCAGCAGGGAGGCCGGGGUUUGCCGCCACCGCAGCAGCAACAGAUGCUGAGCUUACGGGCAACAAAUCAGCCGUCGCUGCUCAAUGCCAAUCCUAUGCUUCAGCGGGCCUUACUCAUGCAGCAGAUGCAAGGAAACCUGCGUGGAUUUAACAUGACAGCUCCAGCACUGCAGCAGUUCUUCCCUCAGGCUACAAGACAUUCCCUCCUGGGACCACCACCUGUUGGGGUCUCCUUAAAGCCAACUCGGCUGGGCUUCCCCAGCCUCCCAUUCCAGCGGCAGAACCGGACCUUUCGCAAGGACUUCCAGAGGGUUCCUGACAGGAAGCGGGAAUUAGAUCCUGGUUCUUCAUCCCAGACACAAGGUGAUGAGAAAAUGGAAAUUCCAGAGGGAAUGCAAGCAGGGUCAGAGCAGAACAAUUCCUCACCAUCCACAGAGCCAAGAACUCCAACCGAGUCUGUGUUGAACACUGAGCCUGCAGCAAAAAGACUGAAGAGUGUGACUGGGGAGUCUGCGUUAGAGGAUGCCACAGACAGCAAGAAAGCAGGAGUCUCGUGCACCCAUGUCCAAGCUGAUGGUACAGACAGUGCAAAGGAGUACACAGCUGAAGAUCUCUCCAGAGAGAGGAAAUUCUCUGAGGAACCGAAGGCUCCUGAGGUGUUGAGCUCUGGAGGUUCACUGAAAGUGACUAUUCAGCAGAGCAGUGAGAGCAGAGCUAUCAGUACAACAGCUCUGAAACCAGGGCACUGGGCCUGCGACGUGGGCACAGCUGAUCCCAACCCAGAAUCGGUCCUUAAAUUCUACUGUUACAUCUGCAAGACCAAUUGCUGCAGUCAGCAGAAUUUCCAAUCCCACAUGGCUGGAAUUCAGCACCAGCAGCGACUUGGGGAGAUUCAGCACAUGAGCAAUGUUUGUUUUGUUUCACUACUGCCCAUGGUGAAACAGCAGAAGGUGCUAGCAGGAAAAGAUGGAGAGACCCAGCAGCGGUGGUGUAACACGUGUCAGGUGCAUUUCACAGGGGACCUCAUCAAACAUCGCAGGACCCAGGAGCACAAGCUGGCCAAACGCUCGCUUCGUCCUUUCUGCACUGUCUGCAGCCGCCACUUCAAGACCCCUCGCAAGUUCGUGGAGCAUAUGAAGUCCCCUGAGCACAAACAGAAAGCCAAAGAGGUCAGGCUAGGAGAGAAGGAGUUGGGGAGCCCAGAAGAUUCAGAGGAGUUGAUCACUGUGGAUGCUGUUGGCUGUUUUGAAGAUGAUGAUGAGGAAGAGGAGGAGGACGAGGGAGGAGCUGGUGAGGAGGAAGACCGUGAUGUAGUGCUGAUGGAGAAUGAGGAUUCUGCUGCCAAGCAGACUGGGCUGAAGGAAGUGUCUUUGGAGGAUUACGAAGGAAGUGAGAAGUAUUGUCCAGACACAGCCUAUGGCCUGGAUUUUCUGGUCCCCGUCGCAGGUUACCUCUGCAGGCUGUGUCACAAAUUCUACCAUAGCGACUCCGCUGCCCGGCUCGCACACUGCAAGUCCCUGAUGCAUUUUGAGAACUUUCAGAGAUACAAGGCAGCAAGGCAUCGUGCCACAACUGCCUGCUCCGAGGCUCCUUUGCAUUCCCAGGGCUCCAGCUCCCAAUUGCUGGAUGAUCCAAACCAGCCUCUUGCUACAACACCACAUACCAGCGAGAUGAAUGAUGAUGGUGGGAUAGAUAAGGAGGGCACAGAGCUGUCAGCCCUGCAAGAACAAACUUCAAGGUCUCUGGAGGGUAAGGGUGAGCUGGCCACCUCUAGGCCAGAGGGCAAGAGCCUGGCCAGUGUGACUGACGAUGUGUGUGGUAUCAUGGUUGUAGAAGAAGAAAGUCUACAGGAAGAGAACAAGUCCACUGCCAGUAGUGCUGACUGCCUGUUCUCUGAGGAGAGCCACACCCCAGGGGAGUCACUGGGACGUGAGGAAGAAGCCAACACAGCCAGGCAGAGGGCAGGCACAGAUGACCACCAGGAUCCAGGGAGUGGAGGAGGCUCAGGCCAGGAGGCAGCAGCAGAGCCCUCCUCCCUCGCCAAAGGUGAGACAGCCGGUCUCACCUCUGCUGGGUGCAGACGCUCUUCCAGGCGCAAACCCAGAUAGAGUGGCCUUAAAGGAGAGCCCUUCACAUAUGAUAUUUGCUGGAAAUGUUUAUUUUCUGAGUCUUUUAAUAGAGCAAAACCUUCAACUUUACUGCUGUUUUUAUUUUAAGAAUAAAUAAGCCUGGCUUUAGCGUGUCUAAUA